AUGCCUACGAUUGGUAUAAGAAAGACCAAGAUGCAAUCACUGAAAACCAAGAAAAGCGAGACCUUGAAGAAGAAAAAGCAAAAAAAGAAAGUUGGUCGUCCCAAGAUUUUGUGUGAUAAACAUAAAGAGUUCCUCUUGGAAAAGUAUGGUGAAGAUUCUAAAGCUACAGUAGAUGAAGCAGUGGAGAGUCUUAUUUCACAUUUCGUGGGCCUAAAAGCUGCAAAAACCACCGUUUAUGAAUUUAUGACCAAAGAUUGUGCUUUAACUAUGAAAAAGGCACACUUUGAACCUAAAGAAAGAAAAUUCAGAAAAAAAGUAUUGAUGCAAGAUACAGCUGAGCGAGCAACUUUAGUAAUACAGAUAUAG